AUGUCUCUCGAAGCUACUAUGAUCAUUGUCGACAACAGCGAAAGCAGUCGCAAUGGAGACUACACAUCAACUCGUUGGCAAGCUCAAGUAGAUGCUGUUAGCAUUAUUCACAGUGUCAAGAUGCGCGUACACCCGCAGUCCGCAGUUGGUCUGAUGAGCAUGGGCGGCAAGGGCCCCGAGGUGCUAUCAACAUUUACCUCGGAAUUUGGCAGCAUCCUUGCCGGUCUGCAUCGGACCAAGAUUCACGGCACAUCGCAUCUUAGCUCGAGUAUCCAGGUUGCAGCACUAGCCUUGAAGCACCGAAUGGAGAAAUCGCAACGACAACGUAUCAUCGUAUUCUCUUGCUCGCCCAUCGCAGAAGAUGAAAAGUCCCUCAUCAAGCUCGCCAAGAAAAUGAAGAAGAACAACGUCUCGAUCGAUGUGGUGGCAUUCGGUGAUCUGGAGUCCGACCAAACUAAGAAGCUGGAGUCCUUUGUCGACAACGUGAAUAGCAGUGAUAGCUCCUUCCUGGCUAUUAUCCCACCGGGUCCCCACCUUCUGAGCGAGGAGCUCCAAACCACCCCAAUCUUGGCUGGUGAGGGUGCCAGCGGUGGUGGCGGUGCUGCUGCAUCUGGCGGUGACGGUGGUGAUGCCGGUGGUUUCAACUUCGAGGAUGCGGCGGAGAAUGAUCCCGAGUUGGCAUUUGCCCUGCGGUUAUCCCUUGAGGAGGAGAAGACCCGACAGGAGAAGGAGAAGCGUGAUCGUGAGGCACAGGAGGGUAAGACGGAGCUGAGUGGAAUUCCCGAGGAAGGACAGGGCGAGUCUAGCGGUGACAAGAAGGAUGAUGACAAGAUGGAUACUGCUUAG